AUGAAAUUUUAUUACGUAGGUUUUUUCUUUUGGGUGCAAGUAGCAUUUGCACUUUUAAGGAUUGAGAACCAUCUAGUGAAAAAGGCACCUAAUGCCUUAAUGAAUAUGUACGAUUCUCUCAAGAAUGAAGUCUAUGUUGUCUCAACAAUAAAUGAUGUUAAUCCUUCUAACUUGGAAAAGUAUGGUGUUAUAAAAGUUUUGGAUUCGAAAUCUGUCAUUGUUUCACGAUCACUUACAGAAAGUGCCUUGUCUAACAACUACAAACCCGAGAGGCAGCAAUCAACAGGUUCAGAUAAUACAGAAUACUAUGAGGUCGAUUUUUCUAAUACAACUUUCGUCAAAGAAAAGAAUACUUGGACUGCAUUAACCUCAUGUCGUCGUAAUGAGGCUUCGACUGUUGCAACCUAUGGGCAAGGAUGGUCUGUGAGUCCUAGUAUUAGCGUGAGUAGUUCUGUACAAUUUGCACAAAUGUUUGGAAUUCAACCCCUGCUUGGUUUUGCUUUGAGCUUUGGACCCUCUUUGAGUGGGUCCUUAUCGUGUGACGUAAAUGGUGGAGAGACUUUACAAUUUCAAAUCUUGCCGGCGUCAAUGCUCAUCUCAAAUGUCAGAGAAAGAAGGAUAACAAUUGAAAAAGGAUCUUUCUUUAAGAGCUUCAGUAAGACGCUUACUUUCAGUGAUUGGAAAGAUCAAGAACCCUACAGUAUGGUUGAAAAAAAUAAUGUUCAAACCGCUUGUGUUACAAAUCCUCUAUAUUUAAAGUGCUAUUAA